AGUUCGCUACUUAGACAGUACGAGCGAGAUGUGAAAAAAAUUUAAUAAGGUUGCUUAAAAUGGCACCAGCUUACUCCAAAUUGAGGGAACCAUGGAGGCAGAGGUAUUGGCCAAUUCUGUUGGCAUUAUCGAUCCUGUUCAUGGCAGAAGUCUGUGAAGCACAGAAAAGAGGGCGAGUACUAUGCGGUGAAUCACUCGAUGAUAUGCUGAUGUCGAUUUGCAAAAAUGGUUUCAACAAAAAGAAUUUGAGUGGAGCAUUGCAGCGUGUACGCAGUCGCAGGCAAGCGGAUAUAUUUCUGUCACCACACAUAUUCAAAGAACAGUUCGAUCAGCUAGACACAUUAGUGCCUACGAAGCAUAAACGAAAGCCAAGUUUGAAACAGAUGUUAAAAACGGAGGCGCGUUGGCGAAGGAAACAUCAAAUCACUGGUAAACGCUUGAGACGUCAAUCGCAACCCCGUGUCUAUGGUGUAGCGGACGAGUGUUGUAGCCAUGGCUGUGCCUACUCAGAGAUCGCCAGAUAUUGUAGGAAUCUUUCGUGAUCAUCAAAUUUAUUAGUUAAGAAAGUCGACAUGAAAACCUGCUUGAACAAAAACCUAACCACAACAAAAAAAAAAAAAUUUUCAUUUUAUUUAAUUAAAAAUCAUAAAUUAGUAAAAAGAAGUGAUAAACUUUGAUAUGAUUAACAUUUAAUUUUUAAAUUUUACAUUUAAGAAAGUGAUAGUAAUAUAUUAGCACUUCACAUUCCAAUAUGGCUAUUACCUGCCAUGUUAGUGGUGCAGAGGUACAUACAUAUAUUUAAGAGUAUAACAGUACCAUAAAAUAACGAAUAUGCCAAUGUGGA